AUGUGGAAGAAAUACACCGAAAUAGAGGAAGUACCGCAAGUGGAACUUAAUACGCCUUUUUCUCAAGAAGCAGGUACUGACUUUAAAAUAGUGAAUGAAAUUCCGUUAUUAUGUAAGCGCGUUGUAGUGAGAGGGGCGGGGCGUUCGUCAGAGAACUUGAACGAUGAAAGGUCAUUGAACAGCCUGUUUGUGCAAACGCUAUACGGAUAUCCUCUCCUCCAAUCGGGAUGUGAGAUAGUGAUACUUUCGCUUUCAUGA